UUGUUAUCCCGACAAGCAACGUUGUUCCUCCCUUCCACUCAUCUGAAAAAAUAAAAAAAAAGACAAAACAAAAAUAAGUACGUAAAUAAAUAAAAUCAGAACGAUAUAUCUACGUCUCUCCCUCUCGCCAGAUUUCAAUCAUCGACUCGAUUUCAGAUCCGAGAUAAAAACUUCGAACAUGUCUACGUUCAGCGGCGACGAAACAGCUCCCUUCUUCGGUUUCCUCGGCGCCGCAGCCGCACUCGUCUUCUCCUGUAUGGGAGCUGCCUAUGGAACCGCAAAGAGUGGUGUUGGUGUGGCUUCGAUGGGAGUGAUGAGACCCGAGCUUGUGAUGAAAUCUAUCGUCCCUGUUGUUAUGGCUGGUGUAUUGGGUAUUUACGGUUUGAUUAUUGCUGUUAUCAUCAGUACCGGGAUUAACCCCAAGGCUAAGUCUUACUACCUCUUCGACGGAUACGCCCAUCUCUCCUCCGGUCUUGCUUGUGGUCUUGCUGGUCUUUCCGCUGGAAUAGCCAUUGGUAUUGUCGGAGAUGCUGGUGUCAGGGCAAAUGCUCAGCAGCCUAAGCUCUUUGUCGGGAUGAUUCUUAUCCUUAUCUUCGCAGAAGCGCUUGCUCUUUACGGGCUUAUUGUAGGAAUCAUCCUCUCCUCUAGAGCUGGCCAGUCUAGAGCUGAAUGAGAAAGUACCCCAAAGGUACUUCUUUUACUUUCUGUGUGCUUUAUUUAGUAUGUAUCAUCGAAAACUGGAACAUUUACUGGAUUCUUGGAACUUGGUUUCAGAAACAAAACCAUCUAUGGUUUAUUUAUUGUUUGGUUAUGUAAUAAAGAGCUCGGAGGAGCUUGAUAUGUUUUUUUUCUGUAUUCUUGUAUUGUCCUGAGGAAGUUAAAAUACAUUUAUUUGUAAAGAAGUUUGCUUUCUGAAACCA